AUGAAGAAAAUAGGAAAGCUCCAUCGAUUGCUGCAGCACAAUCCAUAUCUGCGAGGCUUGUGCCUUUCUCUGUACAUCGAUAUCGAUGAUGAUUCAGCAAGAGUCAACGAAGAAGAGUUUGAAAUUAUGAAUGAUUUGAUCUCGUGGUUCACACGGCUCCGAACUUUGGUACUCGUGGGCGGGUUUUACUCGAAAGCUCCAGCAGAGGUCCGAGAACACACGUUAUCUUUAAUCCGGAACUUUCAGAAGCUAGGACAGCUUCGACAUUUACAGAUCGAAGGAGAUAUGUGGGAUGAGACUGGGGGUAUCUCCCUGGCAGAAACUGUCAAGUGUAUCAACUCCUCUUCCCUCGAGACCUUGGAGGUGUCAGCGGCUGGGCUUUCGAAUUCCUCUGCUCUCUCAGAAAUGCUUCUUCCACAGACAUCUCGUUCUGCAUCAUUUACCUCUUUAAAGCUCAAGGCCUGCAAGGACUACCCCGAGGCAAUCGCGGCAUUGAUCCACUGGCCCAAGGGGCUGGUACACUUUGCCAUCAACACGUCGGGAAGCUUUGUCCCAGGCAUGAACCUCCAUGACAUUGGCAUGUGUCUCUCGAUCCAUAAAGAGACGCUCAAGACCAUCUACAUUGACCUCUUGGGGUUUCCCCAUGGGCUAUCUUUUGAUGCAUCCAAGUUCCCUUCGCUUGAGGAUCUUCGGUUAUCAAGGACCCAGAUAUGUGCAGAUCCGUGGAAUCAAGAAUUUGAAUGGAAUCCGAUCUAUGCCGAUAUGAUAUUGGGCCCCAGUCUUCAUACCUUUGGGCUCGUAUUUGGAGUCAUGGGCCAAAGUCUUAUCAAUAAUUGGGGACACAAAGAAGAAGAAUGGAUCCGGCAGCUUGCGAACGCCUCGUGGGAGCGCAAGGCCCCGCUGGAAAAGAUCGAGGUCGUAUUCUCUCCCGUGAGCCCUUAUCCCAACCUCAAACAGGGGGUCUAUUCCGACUGGGAAUAUGUGUAUCCGUGGGAUCGUAUGGAUAAACUUGGGGUCCAAAUCCAAAGGUUUGGAUUAACAUUGGAAUACUCUGCUCCGCCCUGGACAAAGGACGAAUGGCUGUCAAAGGUAUAUCCAUGCCACUGUCAUAAUCUUGCCAUGGCCUAA